AUGGUCUCCUCUAUCUCCCGCUCCUGGGCCUCCGCCGCCGCCCGCUGUGCCCGCCCGCGCCGCGUUCCUGCGCCAGUCACCGCCCAGGUCCGCCACCACUCCUUCGCCCGGGUCGAGGAGAAGCCUCUGGAGACCGAGGCGGACUGGACGGAGCUCCAGCUCAAGCGGGCCGAGUUCAAGGUGCUCACCGCACCACACCCUCCACCGCCCCGUCGCGCCCCGCGACGUCACCCUGUCCGCGCUCAUCGCGGCCGGGGCCCACCUCGGCACGCGCCGCCGAACAUGAACCCGAACUUCGUCCCGUACGCCUACGGCACCCGCGCCGGCAUCACCAUCAUCGACCUCGACCACACCCUCCCCCUCCUCCGCCGCGCGGCGCAGGUCGUCCGGGCGGUCGCCGCGAACGGUGGCGCCAUCCUCUUCGUGGGAACCCGGCCGGACCUUGGCCCGUGCGUCCGUCUCGCCGCCGAGCGCAUGGGCUCGCUGGGCUACAGCAACGGCGAGCGGUGGGUCCCUGGCACUCUGACGAACCCGAAGCAGAUCUUCGGCGAGGAGGUGCUCGAGACCACGAAGGCUAAGCCCGACCUCGUCGUCUUCCUCAACCCUCUCCAGAACCUUCACGCCAUUCGAGAAUGCGCCAUGGAGCAGGUGCCCACGAUCGGCAUUGUCGACUCGGACGCCGACCCCCGGAUCGUCAUGUACCCCAUCCCUGCCAACGAUGAGAGUACAAGAACGGCAGAGCUUAUCUCGGGGCUCCUCAGCGUGGCGGGUCGAGAAGGAGUUGCGCUGUACGAGGAGCAGCGAACAAGAGAGGCGAAACAAAAUUCGUUCAAGGGUCCACGAGGUCGGAGGACGUAG